GUGUGAAGCUUUACGUCACCUAGAUGUUGACGUUACGUACUACGCAACGUGCCCCUGUGGUUUUGACAGAGCGACCCCAAGUGCGAAGCUGCCAACGCCCGGCAUAGAGGCUGCUCGAUUGAGAGGAAACGAUCUUGAAUGAGCCCAGUGGAACCUAACAGAACGCAGCUAUGCAGACGAUUAAGUGCGUUGUAGUGGGUGACGGUGCUGUGGGUAAAACCUGUCUCCUCAUCUCCUACACAACCAACAAAUUCCCCUCCGAGUAUGUGCCCACGGUGUUUGAUAACUAUGCAGUAACGGUCAUGAUCGGUGGUGAACCCUACACCCUAGGAUUAUUUGAUACUGCAGGUCAGGAGGACUACGACAGGCUACGGCCCCUGAGCUACCCCCAGACCGACGUCUUCUUAGUCUGCUUCUCCGUCGUCUCGCCUUCCUCCUUCGAAAACGUUAAAGAGAAGUGGGUCCCCGAGAUUACUCACCACUGUCCGAAGACCCCGUUCCUGCUGGUGGGGACGCAGAUCGACCUGCGGGACGACCCCUCCACCAUCGAGAAGCUGGCCAAGAACAAGCAGAAGCCCAUCACCCCGGAGACGGCCGAGAAGCUGGCCCGCGAUCUGAAGGCGGUCAAGUACGUGGAGUGCUCCGCCCUCACGCAGAAAGGACUGAAGAACGUUUUCGACGAGGCGAUACUGGCCGCCCUGGAGCCCCCGGAACCCAAGAAGAAGCGCAAAUGUCGCCUGUUAUGAGGAGCCCCCCUACCCCAGCCCCCCACCCCACCC